AUGGCUGCCGCUCGGGACCUUCCUGAACACGGAGAUCGUGACUUGCUACGACGACUGGUGAUUGUGGCAGCACCCAGUUGGCCGAUCCAAGCAGUUGCCAGGCUCGUGGGUUUGGUCGAAGCAGCGGUGAUCGGGCAACACCUCGACGAGGCCGCGCUUGCGGCAAUUGGUCUGGGCAACGUCAUCACCAACAUCACCGGUUUCUCGUCUCUCUGGGGCCUUUCUGCCGGCAUCUCCACGCUGAGUUCCCAGGACUGGGGAGCUAGCAACUUCAAAGCUCUGGGCAUCACCCUCCAGCGAGCUUUCCUGAUCUUGCUAUGCGUGGUGGAUUUGCCCCUUCUGCUGAUUUGGCUCAACUCAGCGAAGUUGUUAGUAGCAGCGGGACAGCAUCCUGAUGUGGCGCAUUACGUGGGCUUGUACAGCAGUGUGAGAGCUCCGGGCUUACUCUUCAUGUCGGCCAAUUGUGUUCUCAGCCGCACGUUAUCUGCCAUCAGCAAUGUACAGAUAAACCUUUGGAUGAGCAUCACCGCAGCGCUACUGCAUGUUUGCCUCAGCUUUCUUUUCAUUCCCUCGCUUGGCUUUGUCGGAGCACCGGUCGCAGCCUGCAUCUGCGAUGCGUAUGAGAGCCUGGGUAUCCUGGUGCUGGCAUCUCGCAACCCCGACUUCCGCAAGUGCUGGGGCGGCUUCACGCGAGAAGCCUUCAGCCAGUGGGGAUCCUACCUGCGUAUCUCCUGUCCAGCCCUGAUGCUCAUGUGCAUCGAGUGGUGGACCUGGGAUCUCAUGUCCUUCCUGGCAGGCUUCGUCAGUGAGCUUGCGCAAGCCGUCCAAUCUGUUGCUCCAGCGGUGGGUGACCUGCAGUACUCCUUGGGUCAGGCCAUGGGCAAUGGUGCCAGCACAGUCGUCGGCAACAUGCUAGGUGAAGGCAACCACAAAGCGGCCAAGCGGGCAGCCCGACUCACGAUCACCCUGGCUGUUGCCGCUGGGCAGUUUCAAAUUGGUCGUACUGAUGUCCCCUGA